AUGUCAACACCCGGUGAACCACCAAGUGACCCUGGCAUCCCGUGUCCAGAUGGGGCUCACCUCCACGACAUCAUCAUCGUCGGCGCCGGCCCCUGCGGCCUUGCCGUUGCCGCGCGCCUGUGCGAGCAGAACCCAGCCGCCCUCUUCACGGACGAGGAGCACCGGCGUUUCCACUGGAUGAAGCGCCACGGCAAGAAGAUGGCGCUCCAACGAGAUAGAAAACACCGCGUGUCAACCGCGGCGAGAGGUCAGCAAGCACCAGAAGAAGAAGCGAAGCAAAUACGUCGGUGGCAAGCGCUGUUCCGCGACCACUGCGACGACGUCGUCAGCCGCUACGGUCUCCAUGCGUCAACACUCGUCCGCAAGGAGCGGGUCCUCGACAUCGCCUACACGCCAGUGCCCGGGGAUAUCGGUGGCAGGCGAGAAGAUGUUCACCGUCCGAACCAAACCACGGCAUCCGCUACGCGCCCAUCGUGGUCGUCGCCGUUGGGCCCCGGGCAACAAGCCUCACCACUGGUGGUGCCAAACCCCUCGAAGGUCGCCCAGCUUCAUGGCCACUUCCCGCAACACAGAACAGGCCACCAUCCGGACAACGUUGGCGGGGCGAAGCGCAGCGACCGUCUCUGUUCAGCGAGCCACGUGGCCGCGCCACCGGGGGAUGGGGGUGGUGGUGGUAAGGGGGAGGGAGAGGGGGUGUGGUAUGUCAAGACGGAUAGUGCGGUUGUGGAAGAGGGCGGUGGGCUACCGCCGAUGGAUCACAUCUAUUUUGCGACGGGGGUGGAGUCGGACUUUGCCAGGUUGCCGUUUCUGCAGACCAUGCUGGAGAGCCACCCCAUCGAGGGCCACGGGGGCUUUCCCUGUCUGAACGACGAUCUGAUGUGGGAGGAUGGGGUUCCAUUGUUUGUGGCCGGGCGGCUGGCGGCGCUGAAGCUGGGCCCGUCGGCUCCCAACCUCGGGGGCGCGAGGCUGGCGGCGGAGAGGAUCGCGUGGGGGGUCGAGGAGGUCGUACGUAAGGGCUACGGCCUUUUCUAUGGCGGCCAGGGUAGCAUGUACCAGCCCGAGGAGGAUGGAGAGCUCGCGGGAUAUACGUCGGGCGCAGGGAAUAUGUUUCGGAGCCUCGUCGAGGCCUCGGCAUGA